CUAAGACCAUCAAACCCCGCAAAUCGAAGGCAUCAAACCCACUAAUUAAGAAAAAAAACCCACUAAUAAAAAAGGGUUUUAAAAAGGCUUUCGUCUUUAGCUCGAACCCGCCAUAUCUGACAACAGAAUACAAAAAAAAAAAAAAGAAAGAGGGAGAAUAAACAAAAGAAAAUGGCCGGCCGACAUUUGUAGAAAUAGAACUAAAGGAGUGAAGCUUUGAAGAAAAAUGGCGGAGCUAGGGCUUCAAGAUCGAAACACAGUGAGAUCAGGCUACAGAGCUGGAGCUGCGAGCCCUGACUCCGUUAUAUUUACUCUGGAAUCGAACUUCAGCCUCUUCUCGUCGGCUUCCGCUAGUGUUGAUCGUUGCUCUUUUGCUUCCGAUGCUCAUGACCGCGAUUCCAUCGCUUCCGAACUCUCUUUACAUAUGGCAGGACAAGAAAGUGGAGAUCAGAAUGAGAGUUUUGGUGGACCAGAUCCAGAUCCAGAUCCAAACAAAGCUAUAACAGUCCCCAAGCACAUUCGUCUCUCCAGAAAAGGAGAAAAAGUGAAAGUAAAAACAGAAGAAAACGGUCCAGCUCAUACAGAGGACGAAACUCAACUCAGAGAUUCAGCAAGAAACUCGUUUUCCCUAGCUCUUAAAGAGUGUCAGGACAGGAAGACGAGAUCUGACGCUUUGUUGAAGAAUCCUGAUAGGCGAAGACCAGCUUCAUUAGAUCUAAAUAAUAUCUCUGGUUUGUCUCCACGGUUGGGGACUGUGAAGAAAAGCUCUGUUGUGACACGGAAAUUGGGUGCAUUUCCUAGUCCCGGGACACCCAAUUAUCAUCAUAAUUCGAGUGUUGGGAUGCAGAAGGGUUGGAGUUCAGAGCGUGUGGCAUUGCACAGCAAUGGUGGAAGGAGACAGGGGAAUGCUUCUGGGUUGUUGGCUUUUAACAAUGGAAGGACUUUACCUUCAAAAUGGGAAGAUGCUGAGAGGUGGAUUUUUAGUCCUGUUUCUGGGGAUGCUGGUUCAAAGCAAUCUAUUGUGCAUCCGCAGAGAAGACCAAAAUCAAAGAGUGGUCCCCUUGGUCCUCCUGGGAUUGCUUACUAUUCGUUGUACUCUCCUGCGUUGCAAAUGUUCGAUGGAGGGCAUAUGGGGAAUUUCAUGGCUGGUUCUCCUUUUUCAGCUGGUGUAAUUGCAGCUGAUGGUUUGACAGUUCAUUCUCGUAGCCAUGGUGGAGGAUUUGCUGUUCAGACUGAGCCUUGCAUGGGCCGUUCUGUUAGCGUACAUGGAUGCUCUGAGGCAGCGAAUCCACCAUCGUCUCAAGAAGAAAACCUUGAUGUCGUCAAGGAUGCAGCCACUGAUAUUUCCCAAACGGUUUCAAGAAGAGACAUGGCGACCCAAAUGAGCCCACAGAGUAGCACCCACUCGUCUCCCAAAGGAAGGCCUUCUUUCUCUCCCUCUUCCCCUUCAGCUCUACCUAUCAUGGAACUGCAGAGCAUCCAUGGCUCUAAAUCAUUACUGAGAGAUGUGCCAGUAGAUGAAAGGGUGACCCUGACUAGGUGGUCGAAGAAGCAUAGAGCUCGAAACACUGGGAAGAGCUCAGAAAUUGUUGAUGAUUGGAGAAAGAAAGUUGUAGAUACUUGUACAUCAACAUGGGAUGUUACAGAGACAGGAAAGAGCAUUUCCAAGAUGAAAAGAGAAGAAGCCAAAAUCACUGCCUGGGAAAAUCUGCAGAAGGCUAAAGCCGAGGCAGCCAUAAGGAAACUAGAGAUGAAGCUGGAAAAGAAGAGAUCGUCAUCAAUGGAUAAGAUAAUGAAUAAACUAAGAUCAGCUCAGAAGAGAGCCCAAGAUAUGAGAAAUUCGAUGCUGGCCAACCAGGCCCAUCAGGUUACAAAGACCUCGCAUAUGGCUAUAUCUUUCAGAAGAACCCGCCAGAUGAGUUCAUUGAGUGGUUGCUUCACCUGCCAAGCUUUCUAAUGCAUUUGCUUAUCUAUCUGUUACUGGUUGAAUCAGGCCUGAAAUGCAGGUUUGAAGAACAGAGACCACUGGAGACGAUGAAUAUUGCACAAGAAGCAAUUGUUACGCGGACAUGAAAAUGGUGUCGCCAUAGUUUUGAUUGAAUGAAGCACUGCUACCUCCAUAAAAAUUCCUACGAGUGCAAGACUCCAAUUGCCAUGCCCCGAGACUUCCCACGGUUUCCUGAAUGUUUUGAGUAAUAAAAUCCUGUAUGCAUGUAUGUAUGUAAAUCGACCUUUCAAGUUUACAUAUUUUUUCUGUGACAGCUUGCCAUGGAAAUGGAAAUAUCAUUCAUAUCUUUUAAGUUUUA